CAUUGGCUGCAAUUAAGCCGACAUAGUUUCCAAAGCAUCUUUUCUUAAUACUGAACUUCUAUCUCUAUGGUUAAUUGGGCUUAUGGUAAAAAAAAAUCUUUACUAGGAUGAAACAUGUUCAAAAUGCUGGAAGAACUGUGCUGGCAAAGAAUUUGGCGCCUGUAAGGAAAAGAAUUUGGUAGCUAAGAAACAACUUUUUCUCUGGAUAAUUUAUGUGUAAGAAGCUUUCAGAAGUGUGGUGAAUGGAGAGCUGAACAAUACCCAUUCAUGUUGAGGCAUUUGAAUGGAGCUCCGGUUGUGAACCCCGUAGGUCAAUAAUAGCCCACCCCCGCAUAUCAUUUAAACACAAAUCAUUUAUUUUUAGGAUGUAUGACAUAAAAUUAAAAUAAAACAUAAAUUUGACAUGUUUCCCUUUUCUUUUUGGAUUUGUUAGUUGUGCAGUCUGGUUCAACUUCGUUCAGGUCUUUAAAGUGUCUGGCCCUGGUCUGGGAUUAGCCAGCUGGAGGAGUGAAGGGGAGGGCCCGACAUUCCUGCCCCGCACCUCUGAGUGUGCAGAGGCUGAGGGGCCUCUCAGCUAAUUGGCAGGGAGAGUAACAAAGGUUGUGUGCCUUAAAAGAGAAACCCUGGUGGGAUGUUCAUAAGGGCAACGGGAAAGGCAGAGAGAGUGUUAAACGUAGGUGGAGACGCCUUGAUGUUUGGAUUUUUCCUGAGAUUGGGAGAGUUGCUGCUCAUUUAAGGGGUCAGGUCCGGUUGGAUCUUGUAAAUGAGGAGAGAAACUUCCUGUCCAUCAGUGGAUCUUAACUUAGGAUGAGCUCCAAAGAAAUGGAGGAGAGCAUCAUAUCCUAUUUGUCACAGAGUGAGACGGAUGACAACCCCAAAAACUUGAAUGUGGUGGCCAUUCUUCACAAUUUUUGGGAGCAGAAGCAGAGAGCUCAGUCGGAUGAUUCCUCAGCUGGAUCAGAGAUGGAGAGCCUGCUGUUGUACGAGUCUGCAUCUUCCCCCGGUCCUCCAUACGUCUGCUAUGUCACACUUCCUGGAGGAAGCUGCUUUGGUAACUAUAAGGUGUGCGACACACAAGCCGAGGCUCGAAGGGAUGCAGCUCGUGUGGCUUUGAUGAACUCCCUUGUGAACGAACUCCCAUGUCGACGCAUCAGCCCCGACUUCAUCUUUCAGAGUCUACAGCAGGCGGCCAAAGAGAAUCCUGUCCUCAUGAAAGAUGCACAUGAUCCAAAUACAAGCAUAGGAACCUACAACUUGCUGCUCCACUCCUUUAUGGGAAGGACUAUGCUGGAAUUCCAGGAGAUGAUGACCGUUUUCCAGCUGUUGCAAUGGAAUGGAACACUGAAGGCUUUAAGGGAAAGGCAGUACUCUCGACAGAGUGUGAUUGCCUACUACUGUCAGCGAGGCCUUGAUGAGUACAUGCACAGCAGCAUGGCUUUGGACUGGCUGGGGCGAGAGCAGAGAUCUCCAGGACUUCUUGGACUUGAGCUGCAGGUGGCCCAGAAGGAGUUGGUGCUGGCAAGGCGACGAGGCAUAGAGUUACGCUUCUACAAGGAGAAGAACGACAUACUUAGCUUGGCCCUGAGUCAAGCAUACAUUCAACACCCACCUGAAAUGUUUGAACAGGAAUCCAACCACACCUGCGAGCAAGAACAGCUUCCUUUGCACCCACUGCACAGCUGUGAUGCAGAUGCUCAGAUAUCCCAAUGCUAUAGCCCAUCACCAGUUUUUAAUAAAAAGAUAUCAGACACCGGCACUUCCUUCAGCAGUCCAUCACCAUCAUCACUGCAGGCCUUGAUGGCUUUCAGCUCUGAAUAGAUACAAUAAUCAAAAGCUGGAGUUCUAUCUGUGUGUGUUUUUAUUUGAUUUUAGUUUAGUCCUAAGAAUGGGCCAAUGACUUUAAAUAUAAAGCUCUUUGUUUAAAAAUGUGCAAAGGUCUUCAUUUUUAUAUACAUGUUUUUAUUUUUGUUAUUUUUGUAUUAACAGGAAACUUUAAAGGUAACAAGCAUAGCCUAAAAAUAGUCUUUAAAAAAGGAAAUAUUAAUAUUUUUAUUUUAAUAUAAAUACUUUUAAUUUACAUAAUGAUUCGACAAUGCUUCACCUCUGCUGCUAAUGUUCUUUUUGAUGCAUAAUUAAAUAAAUAACCAUUGGAAUUGUUGUAGAAAUAAACCUUUUCUCACAUUUCUGGUCAGUUAUUUGUCAUUUGUAUUACAUAAUACUUUUCCGGCUUUAAUUUAGACGUUAUUAAUAUUCGGGAGAU